UAAAAUUAUCUAUAAUUAUUAAAUAUAAAAAUAAAUUACCAUUUAACAUUUACCAUUUUUUAGUAUUUAAUAUUGAUUAAAAUGGGAACGAUUUUAUUAGUUUACUUGUACAUACUUGCUAAAUUUUAACCAUACUGUAAAUUUUAAUAACGGAAAAGGGAAAAGUGAAAUACGAAUUAGUUAAAUAGGUACCCAAUACCUAUGUUUUGUAAAAAUUAAACUCGAAUACGGAACCACAUGGUAAUAAAUAAUAAUAAUAUUGUCUAUAGACUAUACACCAUUAUAUUAUUUUUGUUACACAACCGUUUUUCCAAAAAAAAGUUUAAAAUUAACUUCUUAUAGUAUCUCGUUAGUCGUUAAUCGUUAUUCGUACAUCAAUUCGUCUUAUCUUUAUUUUUAUUGGUCAUGUACAUGUUGUAAGUUCGUUUGUUAAACAAUGGACAUUAAUAGUGUGCAUCGUGCAGACUGGGAGAGAAGAAGAAAAAUACGACUAGCCCAGGUUAGAGAUCAAUCUAAAUCAUUAGCUAAAACAAUACGUGACCGUGUCCAUGGGGCUGCUGAAAGUCAGCAGGAACAACGCGAAACAGCAAGAAAUAUAACAGAACAUAAAUAUAAAUCGCUAGCAUUGAACAAAUUGAAAAGUGAUUUUAAUUAUUUGAUACAAGAUGUUGGCAAUGGUUAUUCCGUUGCAUCAAUUCAACACGAUCCAAGUGUAGUGUUGGCCGAGAAACGAUUGAUAGAUCGUUGUAAAGCAAUAUCAAGAGGUGCUGAAGCAGUAAAACGACAACAACGGAUCCAAGAAGAACAACAGAUGGACAAAGACAUGAAAGAUAGAAGAAUACAUUUCAAUAAAACUGUUGAAAAAAUUCGAUCAAAACUAAUUACAAGCGUACAAAAUGUUGAUAAUGAUAAUACUUAUAAACGUAAUAUUAAAGAACACAAUGAAUGUUUCCUAAUUCCAAGUCAAGUAACUCUGAAUGAAUCAAAUAUUGUGAACAUGAAUUGUAAUAAAAAAUCUUCUAAACCUUGGUCAAUGAUUGUUAGUUCUAAAGAAAAUAAACUUAAAAAAAUACAACAAACAACCACAUGUGAUGAAAAUAAAGAAAAUGAAAAAAACAUAUCUAAAUUUUCAAAGUUAGAAACGGAUAUGAAAACUUACGAAACAUUAGUCUUAGAAUUAAAUAAAUUAUCUGCUGAAGAACAAAACAUAAGAAACAAAUUAUUUCCGUAUAACUUGAAAGAUGUACCUAUAACAUGUCAAAAUAAUGUACCUUCAGAGUCUCAAGAAAAAAUUCAACCAAAAGAAAUUAGUAGAAAAAAACAAAUAUCUAAUGGAAAAAAUAAGUUAAAUGAAACUAAAAAACAGAUAACUGAAAUAAAACUUAAUGAUUCAAAUACGUCUACAUCUAUAUGUAUAUCAUCAUCCACAUCAACCAGAAGUUAUGAGCAACCUACAAAAAAAAUCAUUCAUUUUGAAAAGGAAAGCAAAAAGAAGAUUCAACAACCUAAUACUAAGUUAAAUUAUAAAGAAAAAUUUACUUCUGGAAAACCUUUGCAAAGUAUAAAUAAUACAUUGCAACGAAUAAAAAAGAAAAAACAACUUCUGGCAAAGGAGAUAACUGCUGGUAGUAGUGUAAACACUGGUGCUGAAAUCAAAAAAAAGAAGACAGUUUCUAAAAGUUCGCCUUUACACAAAAGAUGUUGUGCUGGUGACAAUUUACGAAAGGAAAUUCCAGUUAAUUAUGCUCAACUUCCAGAUUCAUUUUACAAUGAUCAACUUGAUAUAUUGAAAGAACAGAUAUCAAAAAAAAAUUUGAAAUGUCUUAAUCCCAAAAGCCAUCCAUCAAUAAAUGAAAAUCUUAUGUCAUACAUAAAUGCAUUAUUAAAAAUGUCACCUUCAGAUGUAGAUAAUUUAUCGAUUUCAUCUUGUUCAAGCGUUAAAUUGGAGGAAAGUAUUUUACAGCAUUCAGAAAAAGAUACAGAAUAUUACUGCAAAAUGUUGAACUGUAUAUCAAAAUGCUUAAAUUUAGAUAUUUCUGAUAUAAAUCAAGACACAGUGUUUAGUUCACCCAAAAAUAUAAAUUUAUUAAAUAGACUUCAACAAUUAACAAAUUAUUAUGUAGAAAAAACCCAUGAAAUGAAAAAUAUCUGUGAUGAACCUUCUCAAAUUUUAAAUGAUAAACUAAAUGAAAAAACUUUAGAGACUGAUGCUAAUACUAGUAAAAAAAAUAAUUCUAUCAAUUUAUCGUCCAACUCAUCAGUUGAUGGAGAAUACAUAUUAGCAAAUUUAAAUAAACUAUUACUACAAAAAGGGAUUAUUAACUCUGACAAAGAAUGGCCAGUAUUCAAACAUAUUGAUGAUGAUGAUGAUGAUGAUGAUAGAAGUUUAACUGAUCAACUUUUAGAUAUACAUCCAUGUAAAUCAUAAUAUGAUAGGUGAAACAUAUUUUUAAAUAACUGAUAGUUUAUAAAAAAUUUAAGGUAAUUAUUUUUAUAUUUUUUAUCAAUUUAAAAUUGUUCAUUUGUGGAACGUGUAUUAA